AGCGCGGCUCAGUCCGGUCGCCAUGAUUCUUGUGCAGAUGUUUUCAGAGCUCAGACUGAGGAGAUUUCACGCUAAGCUAACGGCCUGAAGCGCUGCACUAAAACCAGUUUCAAUGCACUCAUCGACGUUAUAGAGAUACCAGAGUCUCCAAGAUAACAUACAGUCUUGGGUUAUGGCGACCAAUACCGGGGAUGAUGACUUUGAUGAAUACGAUAAGCCUGGUGCUGAAAGGUCAAGAAGACGGAGAGGAGAAGAUGAUGAUGACUUGGAGAGUGAUUUGGAAGAGGGAGACUUACUUGAAGAAGAUUGGCUGUCAUCAAAAAAGAACCCCUCAGAGCUGUCAGAUGAGGAGCUAAACGAUGACCUUUUGCAAAGUGAUGAAGAGGACCAAAAUGCGAGUGGUCAGGCUGUGAGUUUAAAUGCAACACUGGGUCUGGGCACCUCUGGUCACCUUCAAGAUGAAGACCCUGAUGAAGGUGGAUAUACUGAUAAUGCUUAUGAAGAGACAGAGGGGUGCCAAGCGGGAUUCUCUCAGGCUGGGGAGUAUGAGGCAGAUGAGUACCAAGGAGAGGAGGAAGGGUUGGAAUACACAGGAGACCAGAAUUGUGAUGAAUAUCAAGAUGAAGUUCUGGACCUACAGAUCGACGAGCCACUGGAUGACGAAUUUCAAGUGGAUGAAUACCCGACUGAGUAUAGCGAAGAGCAGACUGACCAACAGGAAGUUGCUGAGGAGGAGCAUGAAGAUGAAACUGAGGAGCAGGACAGCUCUCAGGUCACAGAAUUAGAGGAGGUGGAGAAUGAAAACGAUCCAGAAGCUGAGCCAGAGCAGGAUGCAAAUGUAAAGGAGGAGUCUGAUGAGGAAGAGGAAGAUGUCGAAGAAUCUAGACGUCUGCGAUUUAAGACAGAGCGGAAAGAUGACACAGUGGUCAGGCUGUCUGAUGCUGCCAGUAAAAGAAGGAACAUCCCAGAAACAUUAGAGCUCUCUGAGGAAGCUAAAGCAGACCUGCAGGAGUUUGAGGAAAAGGAGCGUCAGAGGAAGCAGGGCCGUUUUGGAGGACGAGGGAGAGGGGGGCCAAGAACAGAUGGAGGGAGGGGAGGAAUGGCAGGUAGAGGUGGGAUCAGAGGAAGAGGAGGAGGAGGAGGACGAGGAGUCGGUGGAAGAGGCGAUUUUCCUCUAUUUGGAAUGGGAGGUUUCCGUGGUGAUGGAGGUCAAGGGAGAAUAAAUGAGCAAAGGCCUCCAUUGAUGCAAGUGAAUUUGGGAAUGCAGCAGCUCAGAAUGACGACUCCGCUCCAGCAUCACCACCAUCAGUCACGUCUGCCUGGUGUGAGGGGUGGUGGAGGUCCUGGGCUAUUCCCAGAUCCGGGCGCCCCAAUUCCUCAGCAGCCGCUGCAGCUGUUGAUGCCACACCUGGCCCACCGUUCCCCAGGGCCCAGAACACAACACGACACACACGGACUGCGCUUGUUGAGCUCACCGCCGCGGCACUCAAACGCACAUCCCAACCAACACCAGCAGCAUCAACAGCACCACCCCAAGAACAUUCACAUUAACCCACACUUCAGAGGACCCUCCUCCUCACCUGUGCAAGUUCCCUCAAUGCCUCCUGUGCAGAACCAACCGAGGCCUAACAUUGCUCCACAGAGACUCCCGGCUCCUCCUGAUUUUCAGCAGCAUCUCCAAGGGAAUUUUGGCCCACCUCAGCGGCCUUUGCCCUCCCAGGAGCAAUGGAGAGGACCACCACCACAUCACCAGGAUCAAGAGCACUUCUUCACUGGUGAACCACGUUUUUCAGGCCAGCACAUGUUUGACCAGCCAGGCCCUGCCCCCCUCAUGAAUAACAGUGUUUCGGGUCAAGGCCCUCCAUCUUUCCCCCCACAAGGGGGGCUCGGAGGUCCUGGAUUUGGUCCUCUGGGGCUCGGGCAGAACCAAGGGCCUCAGGGAGGAGGUGUUUUCCAGAGAGAGCCCCUUCGGCCGGGUAUGGCCCCACAGCAUGCUGGCCCUCCAGGACCCCCUGGUCCCCGUGCCUUUGUGGGUCACAGACAGCCCUUCUCGCCCCAGCAGCAGGGCCCCCCCUUUAGCCCCCAACACAUGUCGUUUGGUAUGCAGGUACGCCAGAGAGGUCUAUUGCAGCAGCCCCUGCUCCAUGAUCCUUCACUAUCCCAUCAGCCUUUACACCAGCAGCAGCACCAGCAACAUAGACAGGACUUGCCCCCACAGGGCCUGCCUCCACCCCAACACCAACAGCACCACCACCACCACCCAAGGGACCACCAUCCCAUGGUGCACCUCUCCCAGCCACAUUUCCGCCAGUCGAUUCAAAGUAGCCAUAGACAGAUGCAGUCCCGACCACAGGGCAACCAGCAACGAAACAACCAUGCCAGGCCCAGAAUGACGCCUCCUCCACUGCAGCAGAUUCCUCCUCAACGCAACAGCAACCUUCGUGAGCUGCCCAUCGCAUCUAGCAACAAUAAUAACCGCCCGUCAGUGCCUAGUGGACAAGCAAAGCCAGUUACCAGGGCAACGCAGAAUGUUAGGCAAGGGCAGGCUGCUCGUUCUGGACCAGCAGGAAGGGGAGGACCUGUGGCACAAGGGCAGGGCUCUGCCAGAGUAAUGCAGCAGCCCAAUGUUCCUGAGAUGAAGAAAGAGAGUCCAGCUGCACAGUCAAGCACCACUCCAGAGGACCCAGAUGAAGAUGAGGAGACACGUCAGUACAGACUGAAGAUUGAGGAACAGAAGCGUCUGCGAGAAGAGAUCCUCAAGCGCAAAGAGCAGCGCAGGCAGAUGCAGGCUGGUGAGCGCAAAAGACAACUGAUGGAACGAAUCAGUGGCCAGACCCCAAACCAGACCCCAAACCAGACCCCACAAACACAGAACCCCACACAAACCUCUGCAGCCCAACCCCCGCAGCCGGUCCCUUCACUGAUCUCCAACGGAACCCCCCAGAACCCUCCAUCAGGUCUUAGUUCCCCUCGUCCGAAUGUGAAGGCUCGUCUGCAGAACACUAAACCUCAGGCACAGGCUUCAGGCUGGUCUGGGCCACAGAAGCCGCAGAACCCUGGUCCUGAUGCCAACCAGCAGGGCCAGUGGCAACCACAGCAGAAGAUGACCAUAACCCCACAAAGCACUCAAAGACAAGGUGCUGUUCAGACCAGCCCAUUAGAAGGGCAUGGCCUGGGUCAGCCUCAGCCCGGUGGAAAGAGAACAGUAAUGCAAAGGACAAACAGCAUAGAAUCACCACAGGUUCCACACAAAGUGCGACUAGUUAAGCUUCUGGGAGAGGCAGAUGCCGGUCCCAACACUGGUCCUCCACAGCAACAGCAACAGCCAAUUGGUCGGCCUGCCCACCAACAGAGACUUGGUCCCAUCAGGAAAGUUACCAUGGCAACUGGUGGUGUACAAAAUCAACAACAGGCUGGCCGUGGCAUGGCAAACCAAACGAGCCGGUUAGUAGUUCGGGGCCGAGGACGUGGCCGUGGUGGGGGGCGUAUGAUGCAGCAGAACCCAAGAGCUCAGGACUGUAAGCCCAGCACUGUCUGCAUUGAGGGUUUAUCCACCACCACAACCACCAAACAGCUCAUGAACCUUCUCAACUCCAUUGGCCCUGUUGAGAUGUUUACGAUGUUGCCUGAGCAGCGGAAGGCCAUUGCCAAGUUUGUGAACCCAGAACAUGCAGCGAGCUUUCAGCACAGCUUUCACAGGCACAUGAUAGAUUUGUCUCACAUCGAUGUUUCCAUUAUUGAUGGCUGAGGAACAAGUCAGUUCAACAGAAGAGAAGACGAGAAGUGAACAAGAGCAGCACGUCUUUUUCUGAAAGACGGACGCACAAUCAGGAGGCUAAAGCUUUGGAAGCACUGUGGAAAGUACUGUCAACAAACUCAAGCCACAUGCAUGAAAGAAUUCGAAACAAAGAGCCAAACACUAGCUGUGUCCUGCUGGAUAUGGCACAGCAUUAGAACUCAUGUUGUGAAUGACUUGAAUGGCAUGAAGUCUUGCUCUCCUUUCUGUACAUUCAUUUAUAUAAGGAAAUCAGUAGUGGUCUAAACCAGCAGGUGAAAAGAAACAGAGGUAUGAAACCAAGUCAUUUUUAUGACACUUGAUAAUAGUUGCUCCCAUCCUGUAGCUCUUAAGACAAAUCUUUAGAACAAUUCUUUUCAAUGGCUGUUUUUUUUGGUCAAUUAGGAAUUCUUGAUUUAUUUUGAAAUUUCCUUAGUCAUUGACUUGAACUAAGUGUUAAAUGGGUGCUUUGGCCUCACUGAAAAAAUGUUCUGUAUGCUGCAGUUGUUUUUUCACCUGUAGAGGGCAGCAGAGCUCUUUGUGUUGGGCCAUCGCUCAGGGUAUGUUGUGGACAUCAGAGGUGCUGUUAAGGAGCUUCAGGGGCAUUUUUGGGUUGAGGUUUUUUCUGGUUGAAUAUUUUUGGAAGCCACUGUGAGAUUGCUAAUGUCUCUUUUUUUGUGCAUUUGUCCAUGACUAUUUAUGAUCUUAAGUUUAUUCAUUGUCCCUUUCACUAUUAUAAUUGUACUGCAGUUGAGUUUUGUUCUGCAGAGCUGGAGUGGUGGUUCAUGACGUGUGUCUUUGCGACCUGAAGAUAGCUGACAAACUAUUUGACAAUAAAUGGCUUUUAUACUUAGAUUUUAAGUUUUGGUGCUGGAGUUGCAUAUUUAGGUUUUUAAUUGUUGUUAGAAGUGGCUCCUAAGAAAGUAUUAAAAGCAUUCAGAAAGCCCCCCCUUGGUAAUGCUCCUUUUAAUGUGUUCAGUUCUCAUUCCUCAGAGUUUAGCACAUAUUGUGUGUGGAAGAGGAUGACUGAAUCAGUGGCCAUGUGAUGAUUUGUUAGGAUUUUAUUGCAGGUUAUGAUGACGGUGUGGGUUGUCUAGAGCAGUGGUUCUCAAACCUGCCCUGAAGUACCACCAUCCCUGCACAUUUUGUAUGUCUCCCUCAUCUAUCACACCUGAUUCAACUCAUGAACUCAUUAGUAGAGACUAGAAGACCUGAAAUGGGUGUGUCAGAUAUAGGGAGACAUACAAAUUGUGCAGGGCUGGUGGUACUUCAGGACAAAUUUGAGAACCUCGUCUACAGCACUGGAAUCUUUUGUGAAUUUUGUUCACAAAAACAACUUGAGGUCAUUGGUUUGUGAAGGGAGAUAUUUUGAACUAUUUCUAAUGGUUGUAUGGAUAUAGCUUCAGCUCAGUUAAUUGUUUUGAAGUUGGUCAGACAGGGGAAUACAGGUUACUAGCUGAAUUGAGAAGUUAUGGGAUAGGGAUUGGUCAACAUCAGCUGCCGGGUACUCUUCCAAAACCAUUCAUCUUCAUUUUCUGCUUUAUUUUCCGAUUUAUUUUAUGUGUUGUUACCCAUGAAGACUUAGAAUUUUGAAAGAUGGAGUUUUUUUGCAAAAAUUCUCAUGUGUUGUCAGUCUCCAGUGAAUAAAUUAUUAUCCCUGGUUUUUAUAGCUUCAAUCAUGAGUAUUUCUCAUCUGAAAUUGUCAUAGUCAUUAUUAUUUGUAUUAAUAACAAUAAUUAUAAUACUAGUCCAUCAGUACUGUUUAAGUAUAGUGCUUGGUAAAGUCUAAUUUGUACAGCUUAAACGAAACUGUCACAGUAUGGCCCCAGAACUGCUCUUUGGUCUAGUGCGUUAUCUUGUUCAUAUUUUGAUUGAUUGUUAAUUUAAUCCCAUUAUAAGCUAUGUAUGUAGCAAAAACAGUCUUGUUAUAGUAUCUAAAUAACUAUUUUAGAUAAUAUAACAGUAUAACAAAAUCCCUGUUAUCCAUUUUAUUAAGUAUAAUAUAAAAUUAAUGUUUGUAGUUAUUAACUCAUCUAGGUCUACAAUUUCAUAGGAUUUGGGGGCAACUAUUAUCAGUGGUCACUUUCUUGUAUAUAAUGGAGAAAAAAAAAGUGUAUGAAUCUGUCAAGUCUGUUGUUUUCUCAUCUUGAAAUCUUUCCAUGUUUGAAAAUACCUACUUGUAUGUGACAGGUGAAUUUCUUUUCUCAGUUUGUUUUUAUAUAUCAACAUAAAAAGUAUCCCUUGGUCAUUUUACAACAAUUUUGUUAUUGCAGAACUUAGAGCUUAUUAUUUGAGGAUAUUUUAAAGAUGAAAAAUAAAAGAUGGUCACAUAUAUACCAUGUAAAUACGGGUAUGUGAAGCCAACUGUCUUUAUCACCAUUAACUGUUGUCUGAUGUUGUUUUGUGUUUGAAGAUUCCCUCUUGCAUCCUAAAAGAAGUGUUAUAUUAUUCUGAACACAACAUACCCGCUUUCCUAAUUUCCUCCAUCCUCCCGAAUGUUUCUGUUGCCAAAUGUAGAAAUUGAUUUUAGGGGAAAAGAUUUUAUUUCUAAUUAAGGUUCAACAAUUUAUCUAAAGUCGGGUGAAUUGAAACAUCUGAGGUGUUUUGUGUGUUAUGGUGCUACUGCUCUCACUGUGUCCAAGACUUUGGGCCAUUGUCUGUCAGGUUCAUUUGUAAAGCUGCUACCCUUCAGCACCCACUUGCUUUAAAAUGCAUUUGUAAUUUAUAAUAUAAUAGUUGGGCAUGAUUAAUUCUAGUGCCCUCUUUGUCUAUAUGUUUGUAUUAAUAAUUUGCAUUGUAAGUUUCCAGGAAUCCCAUAAAUACAUAUAUUGGGUAAGAUUGUGAAUAAUGUUAUAAAAUUGAAACACAUGGAUCCUUUUGAAUAAGAUUUUUUGAUUUAUUUUGUUUUUGUUAACUUUGAGUUUUGUAGACAUGCUCUGUUUAAAAUUGGUAUAGGGCACAGAUUUGUUUAUUUAUUGGUUUGAAUGUAUUUAUAUGAAAGAGUGAAUCCUAUGGAUUUAAAAGGUUUCAACUAGUCUGAGAAACAUUUCUUUAUAUAUUUUUAAUUAUAAGUCUUAUAAGACAUAUGUAUAAACUGUCUUGUAAGAGAGAAAAUGGAUUCAUAUUGAACCUUUUAGUAACUUCAUUGUAAGUGUAGAGUAACUUGGGGAAAAUGUCCCUUUUCAGACUGUAAUCACACAUGUGACAAGUUUAAGUUUAAGAGAUUGACUUAUUGGUAUAUUUUUGGCAGAGAUUUUAGCCACACUAUAUAGUCCUAAAUAAUGGAAUUGGUAUUUUGUGUCAAAAUUAGUAGGCUAAAGUUUACUCUCUUUUUUUUUUUUGAUAUGUUUCUGUUUUAUAUUUUGGUUUCUUUAUUUCUGUCAAUCGCAAGUGGCUGGCACACUCCCCAUGUUUUUAUUUUAUUAGUAUUAGUAUAUAUAUAUUUUUUUUUUUUUUUUUUUCAUGGAUCCUGCUGCAGUUGAACAAUUGGCCAGUUUAUAAAAAUACCAGGAUGGCCUAUCGAUUCAAGAUUAGGGCAUCUAGGCCUGGUUUCACAGACAGGGCUUAGAUUAAGCCAGGAGAAGGCUUUAGUUCAAUUGGAACGCUUAAGUAGCUUUUAUAAAUGUGCCUUAGAGAAAAAACAUCUUGAGAAAAAACAGU